CCCUGCACAAAGGUGGUACUGGUACUUUUCAUCUAGAGCACUUGCAUUGUCAUAAAAUUUUAUUAAAAAAAAAGAAUUACUUUUAUAAUCUACACAUUUUUCAUUAAAUCAUCUUGAAAUUGUGAUACUUUUAGUUAGAUUAAUUUUUAACAACUGGUUUUAGUUAUAAGAAAACCGGUGUAUAGAAUAAAAACCCUAACAAGAAGGAAGUAAACAAUGUAUUGUUUACGAUAACAAAUGAAUAUAAAUUUGUAAACAAUGGCUGUUAAUACUCGUGCAAAAGGUCAUACAAAGCCAUUAGUUCCACUUUUUACUAAGGCAUCUGAAUGCAUUUACACAAGUUGUUAUUGUGAAGAAAAUGUUUGGAAAUUAUGCGAGGAAGUGGCUACGAAGCAUGGACCAGAACUUCAAUAUUGUUACGUGGCUUUUAUUAGUAAUGCUAAUCGCACAAUACCGUUAUGGUAUCAACGAUCUGGUACAGGUGAAAACAAUUUGAUUGUUUGGGAUUAUCAUGUGAUUUUAAUAUACGCUCCAGACGAUAGAGCCGUUGUCUAUGACUUGGAAAGUAUUCUUCCGUUUCCAACACAUCUAUGGAAAUAUAUUACCGAAACAUUUAGAAAUGAUGAAGCUCUUCCUCCUGAAUGUCACCGAAGAUUCAGACUCGUUCCCGCUAGUACAUAUUUGCAAUAUUUUGCAUCAAAUAGACAUCAUAUGAAACGCAAGGAUGGAACUUGGAUAAAACCACCGCCAGAACAUUCACCGAUUUCAACUCCUGGUUGCGAUGACAAUUUAGAUUCAUUUAUUAACAUGGACGAAGAAACGGGUUACGGUGUAAUAUUGAGUCUAAAGCAAUUAAUAAAUCGAUUCUGCGGAAAAAACACCAAUGUCAAUGCACCUCAAUGUUGAAUAAACUUUGGGAAUUAUCUUCACAGCUUUCGGCCUAAUACAAAUUUUGCCGUCGUUCAAGGUGAAGCAAAAAAAAAAAUUGUGGAAGAAGGUUGAUUUUUGUAAGUAUACGCUCUUUGGAUGCUUUAGUAUUGCAAAUUAAAAGCACGCAAAGGUCCGAUUUCCAACGACAUCAAAAACGAAUAUUUAUUACGUUUCUAUAUUGUAUACAUUCUAGAAUUUUAAAACUAAACAUUUCACUAGAUUUGACAAAAAUAUGUCAAAUAUGCAAUUUUUCCAAAUCCUAUUCUAAAAGAAAGGUCAAAACUUGUUUUUUAACUUAAACUUUUACAAUUUUUCAAAUCUUUAAAGGCUGACAAAAUGAGUUCAAUUUUAUUUGACUUGUAAAAGGGUUUCCGCUUGAAAAUCGCCCUUUUGUGAUUGUUCUUGUUCACGGCUUUAAUCAAUCUUUAAAACUUAUAAAGUCACUUUACCAAAAUAUGGCCAAAAGGCCAGCCUUUUAUACGUGUUCUUAUUCAUACAUAAAAAAUUUUUAUAAAUAAUUACCACGCUUCUGUCUCGCAGCUUUAAUCUUUACCGUCAGCUUUAUUACAGCCAUGUCGUCAAAGACUGAUUCUACUUAUAUUUAAUCUUAAAAAUAAUUAAUGUAAAUUUUUUAACAUUAGAGAUUUUAAAUCGUUUAAUAUCUCUUCUCAGAACAUCUUCAUUCUUAAUAAAUAAAUAAUAACGAAUUAGAGUAUUACAAUUUUCUAAGAUAAGCACUAUUCAAUUAAUAAUUCUUUUUUUUAUUAGCCAGGGCUCGAACUAGGUCCGUAAAUCCCGUAAAAGUCUGUUUUUUUUUAAAAAAAAGGUCCGUAAAGUCCGUAAUUUUAUUGAAAAAAGGCGAAAAGUUGGUGAAUUCUACGAUAUAAUUUGGAGAAUUUUAGAAAAAUUACAAAUGAUUGCA